AUGAAGGACGUCGACACACCCCACGUCACCCCGAUAAAGGGCUACGCCGCCGAUGCGGGCAAGCGCAAGCGAAGCCUCGACGGCACCCCCGACGCCUCUCCACCCGAGGUGAUCGCGCUCGAGACCCUCGCGGUGAUCGACCACAGCUGUAAGGUCCCCGACCACUUCUUCAAGGCUGGACCGGGGUUCAAGGGCGAGGUGGGCGGGUCGAUCCGCGUCGACGAGGAGACGCUCCAGACGAUGCUCGUCAACGUCGGCGAAUUCUCCACCAAAGCCGGCGGAUCCGCCGCGAACACCGCGCGCGGACUCGCCGCGGGCUUCGACAUCCGAACCUCACUCAUCUCCGCCGUGGGUAAGGACGAAUGGGGCGCGCUCUUCACGUCGUCCAUGCGCAGAGCCGGGGUGGACGCGUCUAAAACGGUGGUCCGAGACGACCCCGAAGCGAGAACCGGACGGUGCGUCUGCCUCGUCGAUAAGACCGGCCAGCGAACGAUGCGACCGUCGUUCGACGAUAAACACCGCCUUUUACCGAACGAGAUCACCCCGGACAUGUUCGAAGGCUCCCGGUGGGUCGUGGUCAACGGGUACUCCUAUUACUCCCCGGGCUUUCUCGAAGCCGCGUGCGACGCCGCGUCCAUCGCGGGGUGUAAAGUAGCCAUGCACCUCGCGUCGUUCGAGAUUGUGCGCAAGUUCCGCCCACACCUGACGUCUUUAUUGGCGUCCGGUAAGGUUCACGUGGUGUUCGCCAACGAGGACGAGGCGAGGGAGCUCGUCGGCGGCGGCGACGCUUCGAGCGAGUCGAUCGAGACGGAUACCAAGAUCGAGGCGGCGCUGGCCAAGCUGGCGGAGUGGUGCGACAUCGCGGUGGUGACCCUGGGCGAUAAGGGCUGCGUGGCGAUGCGCGACGCCGAACGCGUGGAUCAGAAGGCUUUCAAGGGAUUCGACGUCAAGGACACCACGGGCGCGGGCGACCUGUUCAGCGCGGGCUUCAUGUACGGUUUGCUGCGCAACGCGUCGCUGGAGCGCUGCUGCGAGCUCGGUUGCCUGUCCGGCGCGGCGGUUGUUCAGACGAUGGGCGCGGAGAUCAGCGCGGACGGUUGGACGUGGGUCCACGCGCACAUGCACGAGGGCCGAGCGCGUUCGCUCGUGCGCGGUAGCGCCGGCGCGGUGCAGCGCGAGCUGCUCGCGUGCUACGAGCUCAUCGAAUCCAUCGGCCGCGGCGUGGUUUAUUACGGCAGCGCUCGUCUCAAAGCCGAUAACCCCCACUUUAUUCGCUCGCGCGAGCUCGGGAAGAUGGUCUCGGAGUUGCUCGGGACCCCCACUUGGACCGGCGGCGGGCCGGGGAUGAUGGAGGCGGCGAGUUUGGGUGCGAUGGACGCCGGCAAGGCAGUCGCGGGCAUCCGCAUCGAGCGUGAAGCCGGCACAAAGGUACGGUCCGCCGCGCAGAGCUACCUCAAACCGGAGCACACCGUGUUCUGCAAGUUCCUCUCCCCUCGCAAGGUUGCGCUCGUCGACGCGGGCGUCCGCAAGAAGUCGGAGGAUCGCACCGCGUACGUGUUCCUCCCCGGCGGCCUCGGAACCAUGGACGAGCUCUUCGAGCUGUUCACGCUGUACCAGCUGCACAAGCUCGGAACCGACCACCCGGUGCCCGUGAUCAUCGUCAACUACGACGGGUUCUACGAUUGCCUCCUCGACUUCGUGAACACCAUGCAGGGACACGGCACGGUGGGCGCGGGCGAGUACGAUCAGAUGGUGGUCAAGAACACCAACGACGAGGUGGUCGACUACCUGAAGCAGUACUACAACAUCGAAGGUCACGACGUCGCCGCGUGA